AUGACGACAAACAAUGGGCCGAAGCUGCCAAAGCAGCAGUUGGCGAUUCUGGCCAUCGCUCGAGUCGCCGAACCAAUGGCUUACACCUCUGUCUUCCCCUACCUACCCGCAAUGGUCAGCAGUUUCGGUGUUCCUACCAACAAAGUCGGAAGCUGGGUAGGCGUCACAUCAGGUGUCUUUUCCAUCGCGCAAAGCGUCACAGCUGUUGCAUGGGGAAGAGCAUCUGAUACCUAUGGGAGAAAGCCGACAAUUAUCUUGGGCUUGCUAAGUACGAUGGUUUGCUUCAUAGUAUGGGGUAUGUCGACGAGUUUGCCUAUGGCUAUUGCUGUGAGAGCUAUUCAGGGUGGUGGCAACGGAAAUGUUGGUAUUAUUCGAACAAUGGUUGCUGAGAUGGUCCCUGAGCGAGAACUUCAACCUCGUGCCUUCUCCAUCAUGCCCGUCGUCUGGAGCAUAGGCUCGAUCAUCGGACCUAGCUUCGGAGGCUUCUUCGCGGAGCCUGCAGAGCAAUAUCCCGAGAUCUUUGGCCACAUAGAAUUCUUCAAGAAAUUCCCCUUUAUCCUUCCUAACAUGAUCUUGACCAUUGUCUUCUGCAUCUCCGUUACUGUCGCAGUACUAUUCCUCCAUGAAACACUUCCUAGCAAAAAGGGUCACCGGGAUUGGGGUCUCCUAGUCGGCGAGCGCAUCACCCGCUCUUUCAAGAACACCCGUCCAACACCAUCUACCCGUCGUCCAUCUUUUGUCGAUGGCGAAGCUACAUCGCCUCUUCUUCCUAACAAGACAGCACCUAAGAAGCAAGCUGAACAGCCACCUAAGAGAGAGCGUGUACUUACUCGUCAGACCUGCAUGAACCUUUUGGCCUAUACGUUCUUGGCUUUCCACUCGGUGGCUUAUGAUCAGAUUCUCAGUGUCUUCCUUAGACAUCCCGUUGAGAAACACACUCCCGAGAACACCGCGUUUCCGUUUUACUUCUCUGGAGGAUUUGGCAUGUCGCACAGCCAGGUUGGACUUAUCUAUACCGUGUAUGGCGUUGUUUGUGGCGCUAUCCAGUUUCUGCUCUAUCCCACCAUCGUUGCUCGCUACGGAGUUUUGCGCUGCUUCAGAACCUGCUGCCUCCUUAUGCCACUCGCCUACUUCCUCACCCCCUACUGUGUCCUCUUCCCAACCCACAACUCCCGAACAGCAGCUCUCAUCUCAGUGAUGUUCAUCAAAGCAGCUGGAAUUAUCGUCGCCUUCCCAUCUACCACCAUCCUCCUCACCAACUCCUGCGCAUCCCUCCGUGUUCUCGGCACCCUAAACGGCUACGCUACCACCUUCAGCGGUCUCGGUAGAGCAGCAGGUCCUGCUUCUACGGGCGCUCUCUUCACUUGGGGCGCUGACCACGGAUACGUUGUUACGGCAUGGUUCUUCCUCAUGUUUGUUGCUAUUCUAGGCGCUGUCCCUGCAUAUCUUGUCGAGGAGGGUGCUGGACCUACAGCUUCUGCUUCUACGUCGGCCGAGAACAGUGAUACGGAGGAUAACGAGGUUUCUUCUUCUUCUAGUACACUGCUAUUGCCUGAGGGAUCAGUCGUUUCCUCAGACUCUGAGGACGAGCAGCCGUUGAAUAAGGCUAGACCUGACGGUUCUUAUGGAACCAUCCAAGGAGGACGAAAGUAA